CAGCCACACAGAUCUAUCAGACCCCAGAGGACAGACAAAGCUACAGCAGCACAGAGGGCUGUUGGCAACGCACGAUGGCAGACAACAAACUGUUCAUAGUUAUCCUGCUUUCGCUCUAUGUCCAAGACUUGGUUAAAGGAGAGACAGACACCACGUCUUGUUACAGGAUCGAGCCAGGGACAAUGGCCGGCAUCAUCGCCGCAGACUUGGUGCUGACCGUUAUCAUCGUCAUCGUCACCUAUCUGUGUGCCAGCUCUCGGCGUCAGAGGAGAGAAAAUGCUGACAAGGUUUACAUGAAUGUCAGGGCAAACUGCAAGAUUUAAUCUACCAAGCAUCCUUUGAAGAUAUUACAACACAUUUUGUUUGCUUUCUGUAAAAACUAUUUUUGAGCUGGGUAUUUUUUUUUAUUUUUAUCAAUGUACAAAAUCUAAAAGAUAAACUGAUAAACCGAUAAACUAUUUUGUAAUAAACUUUUUAGUUUUUGACCGAGUGCCUUGAACCUAUUUUUUAAUGUAAUGAGGCAAAAAUAGAUUAGAAUAGAUCUACUUGAUUCAGUCCCAAAGAAGCGUGAGAUUGACUGAAACUGACAGAAAACAAAUUGUGGUUUUUAUGUCAUUUAGUGCCCUAUUUAAAAGCUUUGCUGAGCUACUUUAACAUACAGAGCACAAAAUGUUUUCCAUUCUGCCCCAGUGUGGGCUUGUGCCUCUUCAGCUGCCUG